CGGAAAACAAGGUAUGGUAAUGUAAUUUGUCCGAAUAGACUUGCCGUAGUCAUUCUUUGUUCAUCCGGUGGCCACAAACAAGAUGGCUGACGAAAUGGCGUACUCAGUAGUGUCAUUGCGUUUUGUUUUAAAGAAUGUGCAUGUCUUUCGUCUAUCAGCAAUAACAUUAAUUAAGUAGCAUAAUUUUGUCUCAGUGAACUUGGACGCUUCUCGGGCUAGCUUAGCUUGCUAGCUCCUGUUGCGAUUAGCAACAAAUCGCUAAGCAGAACUCUAGUGUGAGUGUAAAGUGUUGUGAUUGUGUGAAAAUGUGUGAAAGAACGAAAACAGAGUACGAGGAUCAGCUUUCUCUAACAAACGAGAACACGCGACAACGUCAACAACAAGCCGCUGUUUUUAAGAAGCAUCAAGUUGUGUUGCACACAGCAGAUGUCAGUGGAGAAGGUCUUCCUCCUCCUCAGCAGCAGGAGGGGAGCUCCAGGGUAGAGCAGGAUGAGCCACAGCCCGCCCACAUUAAAGAGGAAGAGCAAGAGCAACAGCCCCCCCACAUUAAAGAGGAGGAGGAAGAGCACAGCAUCAGUCAGGAGGGAGGGCACCUUGAAGGGCAGGAGGGGUUCCCAGUGAUUGGUGUCCCUGUGAAGAGUGAAGAUAAUGGUGGAGGAUCGCAAGAAGCCAGCCUCUUAGCGCCACUGUCGGAUAGUGACGACACGACGUCACACUCUCCUGACACGGACGAGGAAGACUCGAAAGCUGAUAAGACGUGUCACACUGACAGCACACACUUCAAAUGCUCUGAAUGUGACAAAACAUUUAGCUGCAAGAAAUACCUGAGAGGACACAUGAGGAUCCACACAAGAGAAAAACGAUUCAGCUGCUCCUUUUGCGGCAAAAGAUUCAAACUCAAGGAACAUUUAACCAGUCACAUGAGAAACCACAUCGCAGAUAAACCAUUUUCCUGCACAGUGUGCAAGACGAGUUUUAGCGUGCCUUCAGCGUUGGCGAUUCACAUGAGAACGCACACGGGGGAAAAACCUUACAGCUGCUCAGUUUGCGGUGAAAGGUUCUCCCAAAAGGGAAAUCUGAAAAGACACACGCGAACACACUCGGGAGAGAAGCUUUUUGACUGCUCAGUCUGCGGUAGAAGGUUCUCCCAGAAAGGUCAUUUGAUGUCCCACACGCGCACACACACGGGAGAGAAACCUUUUUCCUGUUCGGUGUGCAGCACACGUUUUAAUGUGAGGUCGGCGCUGGUGAGGCACGUGAGGACGCACACUCGCGAGAAAGGGUUCAGUUGCAGUGUGUGAUCACACAUAUUUACACAAAGCUCUACAAAGAACUAUCCCACAUAUGCUGAUAACCAACCGCUACGACUACUACCAUUAUUAUACAGUAUAUCUCUAUUAUUUGUAAAUACCUUUCUAUGUUUUUUAGGUAUGAAUGAGAACAGUAGUUGUGUGAGCCAAUUGCAGGCGUCCUCAUGUUACGAUGCUUUAUUACGACGCACUUCCAAAAAAUUAAUAUGGUACAAAAUAAAUUUUUUGUACCGUAUUAAUUUUGUACAUGUACUUGUCACGUUGUAACAUGGGAUAUUUACACAGAAAGACACGCUAUAAACCUUGCAAUCCUACCUGCACUCGGCGUUCCCAGUGUCACUUGUUAGCGCCGCCGAUGUGUGAGACAGUGGACGCUGUUUUUUCACCAGAGUUCAACAGCUGCCACCAUCCAAGCAGUGUAAACAGAAGCUGUAUUAAUUCUGCACUUGAUCAAAUUUACUUAAGAUUUGUCAGAUUGAAACACGGUUAAGGCUUCAAAACGUCAUGUUAGCGUCCGCUUCGUUUGUCCAAUUCACUAUUUCCCGAAUCUGCGCUCUAAGCAUCAUGGGAGCUGGAGUUGUUGUAGCCAUGAAUUAGCCACAUGAUUGUUUAAGCCGCAGGGUUCAAAGCGUGUGGAAAAAAGGAACGGCUUGCAGUCCGUAAAUUAUGUUAGUGACGUAGAAUACGUUGUUGCAUGUUGCUACACCGAGGAAGGACUUUUUCUCAAACUUUUAUCCCUUUAAAUAUCCCAUCUGUAGAACAGUGACCAACAAUUGGCUGCAUGCCCGGUCCAAGCCGCUGAAACGCCACAAACAUCCGGAAGGAUAAGAUGGUGUCUUUCAACGGGUGAAAGGAUCUGCUCUUAUGAAAUAGACCGUGAUAGUGGUCUCAGUAUUGAGAUAAGCCUGUCUCUCCCUCCCUUGCAACGCCCCUUCCAGCUGGCAGGACAACCACAGGAAUAAAAGUAGGAGUUCUCUCUUUUACGAUGGUUUCGUUUCAUGUUUUUUUAUGUCCUUCAGGUGUUCAUUGUACACUGCGAGUGACUUAGGUGUUCAUUUAGAUGCACGUUCCGACUCAACAUGAAACUACACUUCCAUUGCCGCUGUCGGAACGGAACUCGCACACAUAACCUGACAACCUCCUUUUAAUAAUUCAUCUUUGGGUGUGUUGGAGAUAAAAAUUCUCAACAACCCUAUGAAGGUCAAAAGGACCAGUUUCACCUCACCUUAUGUGUUCGUUAAUCUCCAGUUAUGAGAAGGAAAGAAGACUUGCACACUGGUGUUAGAUUUACAAAAUAUUGAAAAAUAAAGCGGACAGAAUAAUUUCACAUUCUUCGGUUAUCCGGGCUAGCUGUCCCUCCUAACGUCCUCCUGUGGCUUCCGGACCAGAAGGAGCGAGAGCUAACCUCGAUCGCUAGUCCCCUCUGCUUUUUUAUACUUGCUUUCCUCAGACCAUCGGCACCGGUGUCUCCCAAGAUAAAUGCCUCCCGGAUAUUUGACGAAGCUUGUGUGACGCCAGCAGGUGACAGUCAGAGAUUUCGCUGACUUGUUGGACACUUUUCUUGCACAAACAGCACAUACUGUACUUCUCCCCGUCUGUCUCAAGGCCAACUUUGACGAUGUUUUUGUUCCCAUAUCUGGCUGCGCCGAUUGUACGCUGCGUGUGAGCUCGCACUAUUUCUGUUUGACCGUACUUCUGCUCAGCUAAUGGUUUAAUAAAGUAUUAUUUCUAUCAACUACACUAAGUCCCCAACUUCCAGACGACCGUUCUUAAGUCGAAUUGUUCUUAAGUAGGGGAAAAGGUAGUAUUAGCAAUGAUAUAGGUACUACAUGUACGUGUAUACAUAUACAGUAUAUGUGUAUGUAUGUAAAUAUGAGUUUGGAUGCAGUAGUAGUAUUAAACCAGGAUAAUUAAUGAAAAAAACAAUAAUAAAAGUGAUAUAAUAAUACGUAAUGAUAAAUGUUAUUUACCUUUGAAGAGGAGUGGUCGAGCAUACGUCGUUGUGGUGGAGGAGGAGGAGAUAUUGAAAAAAAGGACAAAUGUUGGUGGUGGUUAGACUCUUCUAAAAGAGGUAGUGUUCUGUGGGUGGUGUAGAAUGAAGCAGGCCUGUUAACUCUUUAUAAACUUUAAACACACGCUCUGUCCGGGUUGUAUCAUACAGCUACAAUGUAGCUUUCCAUUUAGCUUUCUCUGCCCAGCGUCUCUUGGUCCCAUUAGCAGUGUCACAGUGCCCUCUGCUGGUCAAGCAUGUACAGUAGCAGUAUAAAUACUGAUGGAGCGACUAGAAGGCAAAAUAAAAUAAAAUGUAGACCAGUCGGCUUGUGUUCAUAUCCACGGAUGUUCGUAAGUUGGGGAGCUAGUGUACUUGUAACCACUCGCUCAGUUAAUCGAUAAGUUAUUUUUAUACUGUACUUAUAUUAAGGCACUCAUUAAUAAUUCAAUCAAUAAACAGCAACGCAAACAGUUCUUCUAAAGUCUACUUUGAAUCAAUGUUUACUGACUCAGCUAACAAGUUAAUAAAACAAUGUUAUCCUACGGGUGUCUUUCUGCCAAUGUGUGUUUUCUGCCUAUUUACCAAAUGUUCCAGACGUGUUUAAAUAUGUGAAUGUUAGGGUUCGGCAGAAGUCGGAACUCGGAUCCCAAGACGCGAGAGCAGGAUGUGGUAGAAAGACUAGUUAUUACAAACAGCAGGAGUUAUAAAUAGCGAAAGAUGGAAUACAAAACACAAAAUCACCUGGAUAGCACAUGGGGAAAAAGAGGUAACUAAUAACUAAGGGAGCUACCGAAAACCGGGCAGAAUAAAAUGCUAAAGUCCAAGAACAAAAAGACACUGCUGAAAACCAAGCAGGUACGACGCUAAACAGAAAAACACUCACGCUGCCGGUGAAUAAACAGACAGGGAGGUGGCAGGAAUAGGAAUAGCAAUAGCACGUUCUAGGUUAGCACGACUGGAGCUGAGGAGCCUGAUUUGGCAAGCCUGGCACCAAACGGGUGUCUGCUACAGGUUUCAGAAAGGUGCCAGAUGAGCUGCAGGUGCGUCAAUUAGGGCCCCAGGAGGUGAGGAGGAUGAGCUGCAACGAAAGAACAGAAGAGGGCAGCAGAGCAGCAAGCUAAUCCUGAUAAGUGAGAUGUUUGUUGAAAUAUUAAGAUAUAGUUGUGGUGUAACAGGAUCUGCUGUAGAAGUGAGUCUGUUUCUCUCUGUAAAAAUA